UGUCAUCAUGUCGCCUUAAAAAGAGUGCAGCUAUGUUGUGGUUGAAGCACCUCGGGAGGAGGACAGAGGAUCAAUAGCGGCGGCAGGAGACAACAAAAAGGCGCAUCAGAUGUUUGCGUGGAAGUGAAAGUGCCUUCAGGGUUUAACGCGACCAUGCCGAGGGGAUUUUUGGUGAAAAGGAACAAGAGGACCAACCCGGUCUCUUACCGGGUCCGCCCCGACCAGGAGGACGCGGAGCAAACGGCGCCCGAUGCGCCGCCGCCGCCGCUUUCCCGCGCGCCUCUUUCCGCCUCCUUCCCGGUGCGCGCACGGACGCCAACGCCCACCUGCGGGGCGGCGGCGCCGGAGCAGAUCGGCAGACCGGUGCAGUUCGGGAACCCGGAGCUGGUGUGCCAGGCGCUGUACAGCCCCACCCGGCCCGUCAGCCGGGACAACGACCGCUCCUCCUCCUUCGAGAGGCGCUUCAACCUCGGAUCGCCGGUUUCGGCGGAGUCCUUCCCGACACCGGUAGCGCUGCCCGCCCUGGACCACCUCUGCGCCCCGGUGGACCUGAAAAUCGGCUCCAGCAACAGCAGCCGCACCGGGACCAGCGCGACGCUCCCCGCCGCGGCCACCAAGCGGCCCGCCGGCGACGCCGAGCGCAAAAGCAAACCGCCGUCCAAGAAAACCAAAGCCAUCCGGAGGCUGCACUUUGAGGACAAUGUCACCACGUCUCCGGUUCUCGGGCUCAAGAUCAAAGAGGCGCCGGUGGACCAGAAGCCUCCGAGGCCGCAGCUGCCCGGAGGGGACAACGUCCCGCUGGGCGAGUUCGUGUGCCAGCUGUGCCGCGAGGCGUACGCGGACCCGUUCGCUCUGGCGCAGCACAAGUGCUCCCGGAUAGUGCGGGUCGAGUACCGGUGUCCCGAGUGCGACAAGGUGUUCAGCUGCCCGGCCAACCUCGCCUCGCACCGGCGGUGGCACAAGCCGAAGCCUCAGAGCGCGGCCGCGGGGGGGCCGCAUCCCGAGAGCGACCGGGCGUCCGCGUCCGGUAAGACCGCCGCGGAGGAAGCGAAGGAUUCUAGUGACAGGGACACCCCCAGCCCGGGCCCGUCCGAGUCCGGCUCGGAGGAAGGGCUGUACGACUGUAGCCACUGCGGGAAGAAGUUCAAACGGCCGGCGUACCUGCGCAAGCACCUGGCGUCCCAGCACGGCUCCCCGCCACCGGCGGAGGGCGAGGACGCGGCGGGGCGCAGCGCGGCGCCGCUGAACCUGAGCGGCGCCGCGUGCCACCUGUGUCCGGUGUGCGGGGAGAGCUUCUCCAACCGGGGCGGCCUGGAGCGGCACAUCCGGCUGCUGCACUCCUCGCAGGUGUAUCCGUGCAAGUACUGCCCCGCCGUGUUGUACAGCUCCCCGGGACUCACCCGCCACAUCAACAAGUGCCACCCGUCCGAGAACCGCCAGGUGAUCCUGCUGCAGGUGCCGCUGCGCCCCGCCUGCUGAUCCGCGUCCGGGACACAAGUUGCCUCUUCGAAUCCAGCAGCUCGAGCUCAAGGAUUUAUCUUCUCUUGCUUCUGUCAUUUGGAGAAAGAAAAUCAGCACAUUUGAAACGAAUCAUUUUUAAAUCCUACUUUUUUUUGAACAAUUCAUCUCCUUUUGAUAAUUUUAAAAAUCGGUUUUUGACAAAAUGAUUGAGGUAAAAUAAGAAGUUAAAGAGUUUCUUGCAGUGUAACAGUGUCAGCUCAGAGGUCAGAGGUCAGCCGCUCACCUGUCAGGGUGAUCAGUGCCUUGCUCAAGGACACUUCAGCAGGUUCUGGGUGUGUGUUUGAACCUUGGCCUAUAAACCCCCCCCCCCACACACACACACACACACACUCCUCCCUUUAAGCACCUCUGACGUCAUUCUCCAGACACUUAAGCUUAGACCGUUAAUUUAUUUUUCUAGCAUCUCUGCACAAGUGCUACUAGCUUCUAGACCUAAGAGGGGGGUCAUGGGGGGUCAUGGGGGGGGGGUCUGGUGUCUUUGCUCUGAUUAGCUUUACCGUGGAGGAUCCGUGGAUCAGUAGAUGUUUGCCUGGAAGGCAAAGAGAGAAACGCGUAGCCGCUGGAGGCCUUUGGAUCGGAGCCUCGUGCUGUAAAUCUGCCUUAAAAAACUCCUCUGAUUGUUCUUCGCUUGUUAAGCUCCACACCAGCGUUAUUAUUUAUUUAUGUAUUUAUUGAAUUGUUUGUGUAAGUUAUUGCUCUGUGUGCUCCGUGGUGUGUUUUUAAUUUAACUUAAAGGAAGAGGUGACGUUAAAGCAAUCAAUGACUUCUAUCUCCUGAAUGAAUAAUAACUGGAUGCAAUCAUUGAUUUGUGUGUUUCACGUUUUGUUUGUAACCGUUAGCUCUUCUGCUGCUCCGUGGCUGCAGCAUUUUGCUAAAUGUCCAAAAAUAAUAAAAAACCAA